AAUGUAUAUAUAAGCAUUUUCAGAUUCGACAAAUGCAAACGGCAAUUAUGUCGCUGACAACAAGUUUAUGUGCGUUACUGCUGCUGCUCAGCAGUUCAUCUGCAGAGAUUUUCAAUAAGUCGUGGUGGAACAGCACUGUCUUCUAUCAGGUUUAUCCGAAAAGUUUCUAUGAUUCCAAUGGUGAUGGCGUAGGCGAUCUAAAUGGAAUAACUUUAAAGCUCCAGUAUGUCAAGAAUAGUGGCAUCAACGCGAUAUGGUUGUCGCCCAUAUUUUCGAGUCCUAUGGCUGAUGGUGGAUACGACAUAUCUAAUUUUACGGAAAUCGCUCCAAUAUUUGGUACACUAGAAGAUUUUGAGAAACUUGUGAUGAGAGCUCAUAAACUCGGCCUAAAAGUUGUCCUCGAUUUCGUACCUAACCAUACGUCUGACCAGCACCCAUGGUUCCAAAAGGCUCUUCAAGGCGAUGAGAAAUAUAAGGAAUAUUAUAUAUGGGCAGACGGUAAAAAUAAAGAUGACAAAACACCUCCUAACAACUGGCUCAGUCUAUUUAAUAUUCCCGCAUGGACUUAUGUUCCUUCAUUAAAGCAAUGGUAUCUUCAUCAAUUCGGUACAAUACAGCCGGAUUUGAACUACUCAAAUCCGGAGGUAGUAGAGGAGAUGCGAAACGCACUGAAAUUCUGGUUGGAUAAAGGAGUAGAUGGAUUCCGCGUAGAUUCUGCCCCGUAUAUUUUUGAGGAUAAAGAAUUGCGAGAUGAGCCUAGAAGUUAUGCGCCUGAUUCCACGCCGGAUCAGUAUACCUAUUUAGAGCCUAUUUACACUGCUGAUCUAAAACCUACUUACGAGCUAUUUGGAAGUUGGAGAAAAUACCUAGAUGGAUAUGCUGAUGAACGUAAUCUAGAUCAAAAGAUGUUAGUGAUGGAGACGUACAGCAGUUUAGAACAUACAUUAGAAUAUUAUGACUAUGAUGUGUUGCCUUUCAAUUUCCUAUUUAUUACAAAUGUCACUAAUAGCUCAACCGCAACAGAUUUCAAAAACACAAUAGACCUCUGGAUAAACUCAGUACCAUAUGGUAAAAGCAACAAUUGGGUGUUGGGAAAUCAUGACAGGCCACGCGUAGCCUCGCGUUUUCCAGGCAGAUUGGAUCAAAUGACCAUGUUGUCCAUGAUUUUGCCGGGCAUGGCAGUGACUUAUAACGGCGACGAAAUCGGUAUGGUGGACGACAGGAAUAUAUCCUGGGCGGAUACACAAGAUCCCUUAGCUCGCAUCGCGGGCAAAGAUCAUUAUGCGGCUAUAUCUCGCGAUCCAGAACGAACGCCAUUCCAAUGGAGUGCCGAAGAGAACGCAGGUUUUAGCACGGCAAAUUCGACGUGGCUUCCGGUGAAUCCAAACUAUAAGACGUUGAACUUGCAGGCAGAGGAGCGUAGUUAUCAAUCACACUAUAAAAUCUAUAAAACCUUAGCCUAUUUGCACCGAAAGGAACCAGCGCUUACCCAAGGAAGCUAUGCAUCGUUCACGACGAACAAUGGUACAGUUCUGGGUGUGAUCAGAAGCAGCGAUGAUCGCACCGUGCUACUUCUGAUUAAUUUCGACGAUUACAUCCCUCAAUUUGUUGAUUUGUCAGAUCAAGAUCUUCCGAAACAAUUGAAACUUCAGGUUUCUUGCUUUGGAACUCAUUCUUCUCCAAAACAACGGGUUAACAUAGAUAAUAUAUAUUUACCCGAGAAAGCAGCUGUAGUGUACACGUCUUUAAACAUUCAAUGAAUAUGCUACCUUCGAAGCACGUAUUUAAAUAGCAACUUUGUCGACUAUGCUUUUAAAAAUUAUAAUAUUUCCUACAACGUAAUUUUACUAUGCUUUUAAAAAUUAUAAUAUUUCCUGCAAUA